AAGUUCGUGAAAAUUAAAUAAAUAUGCACCAGUUUAAGAGCAAUAUGUGCCUUUUAAAUUCCGUCUUGAGAAACGGGAGCCAUCUUGGAAUUUUAAAUCAGAAAAUGCCAAUGACGGUGCGGUUAUGUGGGUCACAUUUUGGGACAAGCACUGCUUGUGCAUCGUUCAAGGGCUGUGCAUCCAGACUAUUUACCCAAAUUCCCAUUUUGAACAUUAGAACUUGUACACCUCAUGGUAUAAGAUGUUUACAUGUCAUAAAUGGUGCUUACACAUCUAAAAACACAACUGCCUGCAACAAUUCAUUUCCGGCACUCUUGAAUACAAUAAAUGUCACUCAUGUUAACAUCGACAACAGAUCGUUUGCAACUUCAGUGCUCUUACUGUGCGAGAAAAAAUUAGAUCUAUCCCAAGAGAAGAGUUCAGAGAACACUACUAAUGAAGACGUCUCGAACCAGGAGACAAGCACAAACUCUGAAAAUGUCGAAGCUCAACUUACACAACGGCAGAAACUCAAGAGGGCAGUGAAAGAAUAUGGACCCGUGGUCAUCAUUUUCCACAUAUGUAUUGCGUUGAUGUCCCUGGGAUUCUUCUAUUUCUUAGUGUCUGUCGGAGUUGAUGUUGUCGGAAUUCUCAGGAAGCUAGGGGUCUCGGAACAGAUUUUAGAAUCGGCUCUUGCAGCAGGGGCUAGUACAUUUGUUAUUGCUUAUGCAGUUCACAAAAUGUUCGCUGUGCCGCGUAUUGGGAUAACCUUGACCUGUGCUCCCAUAAUUGUUCGCAAGCUUCGGAAGAUUGGAAUUUUCAAGCCCCCAAAACCAAGCAUCAAAAAAUAAUGUGAACAAUUGACUGUGCUUUUUGCAUUUACAUGGAAAUAGAUGUGUGACUGUUAGUCAGUGAUAUUGAAAGAGCAUCUACUGGAUAGGACAAAAAAUGUAGUUUAUCUAUAUGUGACCACUUAUUGGCCAUAUAAUAUGGCAUGUGAUUGUGUAUUAAAUUUAUAUUACAUGCCAAAUAUUAUAAUUAUAUAUCAUUGCUAAGAUUGAAGAACAAAUCUUGUAAAAAUCAAGAAAAGAUAUUUAUCAUGUAAUCAAAAACAAGAAGAGCAUUAGUUAGAUAUUCAUAUAGUUAAUCUCCAAGAGAUUUGAUUAAUUUAUUUCAUCAAAUUUAAAUCUAUGCUGCAGACUAUUUUAUCUCCUUAAAAAAUUUAAAAUAA